GACCUAACAAUUUUUUGGAAUAGAGACAAUUUCGCAAGGAGGGCAAAACAGCUGACUUUAUUUUUUUCUCAACUAUUGAUUUUCGUGUAUUUAAACUAACUUCAUGAUAUUUUUUUUCCAAAAAAUUGUGCGAGUGUGUAAUGAACUAUAAACAAAUACAUUUUGCAUUAGUGAUAUUACAAAUAUUCUAUUUUGGAAAAAUUUGUGGAGAAGUUUAUAAUCCAUAUAAAAUUUUAGGUCUGAACAGACAUGCGACAAAUCAAGAAAUUAGAAGAGCCUAUAAACAAUUGGCAAAAGAAUGGCAUCCUGACAAAAAUGAUCAUCCAGAAGCUGAAUCCAACUUUAUUCAAAUAAAGAAGGCAUUUGAGCUUUUGAGCGACAGUGAGCGCCGUCAUAUUUACGACCAACAUGGUAUAACUGACGAAGAUUCUUAUCUAUACAAACAAAGACAUGAUUACAGCCAUUACAAAAGAUUUUCCUCGGAUCUCCUGGAGGAACUGUUCGGAAAGCAAUUUUAUUUUGAUUAUGAUGUAAGCUUUUAUCAUAAGCUGACCAUAACAACGCAAUAUUAUGAACAAACAAUCAUUUCCAAAAGCAAAUUCGCUCCCUAUAUAAUAAUAUUUUAUAGCGAUUGGUGCUUUCGCUGCAAUCGUUUAGUUGGAACAUUUAAAAAACUUACUGAAAUCUUCGAACCUUUAGGUAUCGAAUUCGCUACAGUGAAUGUAGCGCUUGAACAACAACUCCUUCGAAGAACAGGUGCGACUGAUGUACCAAGUUUGGUCCUUGUAUUAAAUGGCCAUUGUUUUGUAUACCGUGGAUCUUCGUACAUGCCACAUAAUAUUAUUGAGUUCAUUAGGAAGAAAAUGCCAUAUAAUUUGACUCCAAAAGUACAAGAUGAUACUAUUGUUGGAUUUCUUUCUGGUUGGAUAGAUAACCGGAUUAGAGGUUUAGUUAUAGAACCAAGAAAUCAGACUAGAUUGCGUUAUUUGAUAGCAGCAUAUGCAUUUCAGCAAAGGGUUGCUUUUGGAUUCGUAAAUGCAAACUCAAACUAUUGUAAGCAAAUUCUCCAACGCUAUCAAGUGCAUCCUCACUUAGACACACUGCUACUAUUUAAUGAAGAUUCUGAGCGACCUAUUGCCAGCAUAUCCAUGUCAAAUAUUCCGACUGAAACUUUAAAUAACAUCAUAUUAUCUAAUCAGUACCUGACUUUACCGAGAUUAUCGUCACAAGAUAUUUUGGAGGGUCUUUGCCCAGCGGAAUGGAAUCGUCCACGUAAGAGGUUGUGCAUUAUUUUAGUUACAGAAAAUUCAAAGGAACAUAAUUUCGCGCGAGAAGCACUGCGAAAUAUUGCUCGCAGAAGUGAAUUUAAAGCCGAAAGGGUUCGUUUCGCCUACAUAUUCAAAGAAAAGCAAAUCGAUUUUAUUAACGCUUUAUCGCGAGGAUCCUCUGAUGAUAAACUAUUGCGAAUCGUUAUCCUGUGGAGGCGAGAUACUUCUCGCGUUAAAUAUGAAUGGAUAAAUGAUAUUACUUUGAAUAAAAGAUUCGCGGACAACCAGUCGUUAGACCGCGUAAUUAAUCAAACUAAAUAUCAGAUAGACAGCACAAUUCAAAGGUUAUUGAAGACUUCGGAAGCGCUUACUUAUGAGGCUUUUAUUAAGAAUCUACUUGAUGAGCAUGCUCAGGAUUUUAUAAAUAGAUGGGUAUCGAAAAUUUUUUACGUAUUCGAUUAUAUAAUGGACAAUAUAGAAAAAGAACACAUUCUUGCGACAAUUUCAUUGCUAGGAACAAUCGUUCUCAUGUUUGCUGUUGGAUACGCUAUGGUUUAUCUAGUAAAAGCGGAAGAGGAAAGUUUAAAAGCCAAAGGAAAAUUAUCCUCAAAUGUGUCUUUAAAGCAAAGCCGAUAUAUCCCUGAGCUAAAACUGCACGAAUUGCGUGCUGAAAAAUACAAUGGAAUGGUAAGGCUCUUGAAGCCUGGUUGUAGAACUAUUGUAUUGAUUACUGACUUAAGGACUCGUCCUAAACUCAUACCACCAUUUCAUAAAGCAGUCUGGCCCUACAGAAGGACAAAAACAUUGAUUUUUGGACAUAUGCUAAUCGAAAAGGGCUUUUCAUGGUACUCGGAAUUACUGCGUUUGUCGUUAUGCGAAAGUAAAAAUUUGCAAAUAAAUCCGAGAAAUUGUGUAGGUACAGUACUAGCCUUGAACGGACAUCGUAAAUACUUCUGUAUGUAUCAUGCGAAACAUCCUGAAAGUGACCGAGGUGCCAAGGGUAUGGAAAGUAUGGCUAGGCAACUUAUAGAAAAACAGGAUGAUCCUGAAACCAAAAUAUUUUUCGCUAAUGGUAGGACGGAUGAGUCGGAUGAUAGUGAACCACGAAUUCUUUUAGAGGAAAAUUUGUUGGAGGGCUUAAGCAAUUGGUUGGACCGCCUAUUUGAAGGAACAACGCACAGAUAUUACAUAAAUUACUGGCCGGAGUUCUUUACAAAAUAGAUUGUUUAACUUUUAAGAGCUAUUACAUUGUUUUAAAAUUAUCAUACAGUUUACUUCUCGAAACUACUAAACGGAAAUUGAAACAAAGGGAAUGUCAGAUAACAAAAUAGUUUCAUUGACAUUGUAUCUAUCGUGCAAAUAAAACCAUUCAAAACAAGUUAUGGAACGCGAUGAAAUUCUGUGCUCCAAGAAAUCUGGAAAUAAAUGACUUCGUUCUAAUAAAAGUAAGAAGAGAAACGAGCGCAGAAUUCGCUCGAUCGGACCUCUUUUCAUUGUCACAUGCUUGGUGAAAAUAAGCUGAUAAAUUUUACGUAUCUAUAUUUUGAAAUUUAAUCGAUUUUUAAUCGAUCGGAAGAUGUUGCGGAGCCUAGCCUGACGAUAUAAAGUUUCAAGUACCAUAUUUUCAAAUUAUCCUGCUCUUUACCAUCUGGCGGAUAGACUUCGCAUGUUGGCUUACACUACUACUAAGUGGUUAUAUUAAUAAUUUCAUUAACUUUGUAAAUAAUGUUUUCAUAAAGUUAAUGCGGCCGUCUUUACUUUAGUUUUUUUCUUUAUAAGUUUAAAAGAAAAUACCAUGUGUUGAUGAUAGAGAGAGAAUAGAGUUGUCUUCAACAUAUGGCAACGUCAAGCGUUAAACCUAGGUCAUGAAGAAGAACAACAAAAUAAUUCACCUGUUUUCUGGUAAAAGUCUAGAGUUCCCAGCUAAAAUGCAUGAAUUUGCAUGGUUCUCUGUUAACAAUAUAUGGUUUUCUUUUAAACUUACGUUUAAAAGAGUCGAAAAACCAUCUGCUCUGAAGACUAUUUUAUAUGCAAACAUGGUUAAGAUAU